AUCAUCGCCAGUAUGAAAGAGCUGGUUUUCCAGAAUGUCUGGACGAGUCCCUUCAAUGAGCUGGUGUGUGAAGAGUCGGGAUACUCUGAAGCCACCAUGGCAUUCUGGCGUCUGGUCACUUACUAUCAACAGUUUCUGGUCUUCUUCCUCCUGCCUCUGCUCAUGGUGAUCUACUGCUACGUCUGCAUCACCGUCCGCGUGCUGUCCACUCGCAUGAAGGAGAAAUGUCGCGCCGUCAAGCUCAUAUUCGUCAUCAUCUUUACCUUCUUUGUCUGUUGGACCCCUUACAACGUGGUCAUCCUCCUCAAAGCCAUACAGAGCUCCGGUCCGGAUGUGGAGUGCGCCGAGUCAGACAAGCUGGACU